CCCAAGAGGCCCCCAAGAUCGCCCCAAGUCGGUCCGUAGCCAUUUUGGUUCAAGUGGGCUCAAGAUGAAGCCUUUCGCCAUGCUUUCCCCAUUGGGCGCCCUCGGCUUGCGUGGUGGCCGGACACCAGCCAGCAUGGAUGAUCCCCGAUGUCAGUCCAUACCAGAUGAGUUGAUACGGCAGUCCCAAGAGAAACUCAGAGCUGAACCUCCUCUGCACAUUCUGUUGGCAUCAGCGCCAGUGGAAGACUUACAAGGCCAGCCUGUCCUCGAGCCGGCUAACGACAUACUGCGUGGCAAAGGGCACAAGAUAGGUCCAGCAGGGGAUGCGCAAGACGCGCUAAACAUGGCGCUCGCCCAGAAUGGCGAAAAAUGGUUCACAGCAUGGAAGGGCAAGAUCGACCAAGCGGUGAAGUCGCACAGGGAUCUGCGCCUUGACCUCGUGGCGAUCAAGGGCGGCCCGAUGUGCGACCGAGAGCGAGACUUCUUACUAUCCAAGUAUUUCUACGGCAUUUGCACCAAGUUCGGCGAGUUCGACAUGAAGGUCUGCAUCGUUCUGUUGGAUAGCCUGGUUGAGCUGCAACGUUGGCUAGAUAACCCCACGAUGGCUGCCGAUCUCUUGGCGGAGGCAUGGGGACUCCUGAAGAAGGUGGAAGCUGAGCUGACAUCUGUCAGGGCCAGCUUUGAGAGGAGGUCCCAAGCCGAGCGUAACGCCAUCCAGCUCGCUGAGGACAGGUUGGGCCCCGAGAGUGCCAAGCGCGAUGAUGUAAAGAAUGCGCAGCAGCGCCUAGCCAAGAGGCAAGCCUUCUUGCAAGAGAUCGAUUGCGAUGCCUAUCCCGAGGACGCCUCUCUCGUAGAGAGGGACCAAGAGCGCGUGUUCACAGCGACGAAAGAAUUUAACGACCACAUCAGGGACAUGAAGGAGUUUCAGCGUCAACGUGCACGCCUGGAGGAGCGAGCACGUGCUCAGUUGGUGCUGGAGGAGAGGUUGCGCGCUUGCCGUGACAACCUGGAAGGGUUUUCGAGGAUGCGUUCGGUGGACCCUGGUCGUGUUCCUCGCAUCAAGGGCCUGAUUGAAGACCUCGAGAAAGCCGCGAAAGACGUUGAUCAGCAGUGCGAGCAGGAGAACAAGGCCGAUAGACGCGAGAAGGCGUCCAGGCGCAUGGAAGAGCUGCGUGUGGAGACAGUGGUCUGCAUACGGGACUACAUGGACGCAGAAAAAAAGACAGAGCAGCAGCUGUUCGAAGAGGUCUGCGCGGGCGGGGACGACGUCCCCGCCGACAAGAUGGCCUCCUUCGCCAGCUCCCUGCCCUCUGCGCCGAAGUUCAAGGACGGCGAGGCCAUCCAGCUGUUCCAGCACGUCCUGGAGACCGAGGGCUGCAGCGCCAUAGGGAAGGACGUGUUCCACAAGUUUCUCCGCCUCUUCUACCAGGUGGUGAUAGCCAUUGCGACCACAGACGCGAUGCCUCUCUGCAAGGUGCUCAGGAGACUUGAGGUCGGCGAGAUCCUCGAGAGGACGCACGGGUCCUAUCACGAGGAGAGCAUGGGCGUGAAGGGGAUGCAGUGCAGGUUCAGAAAGGACGGCAAGACGAUUGCGGGUUGGGUGGUCUUGAUUGGCAACCAGGGCUCGGUCUUCCUGAAGCCCGUGAGCCCGCUCCUGGAGAGCGUGAAGCAGAUGGCCUCGCUACUGGGCGACGCUGGCGGCGGUUAAGAUACCGAGGAGCAGGGGAGUCUUCUCUCCGAGGCGCCGACGUGAGAGAGGCGGAGUCCUAGAAAGAUUGCAGUGUCGAUGGCGAUCAGUUUUUUGUUUAAUGCCACAAGACUGCCCAAGAGGCUCCCAAGAGGCACCCAAAACGGCCCAAGAUGGCCCCAAGACGGCCCGAGAGGCGCCCAA